AAAAAGAAAAAAAACAUGGCUCGCAAUGCUGAAAAGGCCAUGACCACAUUGGCUCGUUGGCGUGCUGCUAAAGAAAUUGAAUCUGGUGAAAAAGAUCGGCGACCGUAUUUGGCUUCGGAGUGUAGUGACCUUCCAAAAUGUGAAAAAUAUCGUUUAGAAAUUAUUCGUGAAAUUUCUAACAAAGUUGCUCAAAUACAAAAUGCUGGUCUUGGUGAAUUCCGUAUACGCGAUUUAAACGAUGAAAUAAAUAAACUACUUAGAGAAAAACGGCACUGGGAAAAUCAAAUAUCGGCAUUGGGAGGGCCACAUUAUCGGCGCUAUGGUCCCAAAAUGUUUGAUGCCGAAGGCCGUGAGGUUCCCGGUAAUCGUGGCUACAAGUACUUUGGUGCGGCUAAAGAUUUGCCAGGCGUUCGCGAAUUGUUCGAACAGGAACCACCACCGCCUCCACGUAAAACCAGAGCGGAACUCAUGAAAGAUAUAGAUGCUGAAUACUAUGGCUAUAGAGAUGAUGACGAUGGUAUUUUAAUUCCAAUUGAAGAUCGCAUUGAACAUUUGGCUAUUCAAACAGCGGUUCGUGAAUGGAAAGAAAAAAUGGCUCGUGAUGGUCAUGCUGAAAUGGAUGACGAUGACAAUGAUGAUGAUAUUUAUCCACUAUCAAUACCUGCUCGUGAAGCAGCAGAAGAUGCAAAGGACUCUCGAAGGGAAGAAAAUCCAAUGGAAUUACUUGCACCUAAGUUCACAGCUCAUGUUCCCGUUCCAACUCAAAAAGAUAUAGAAGAUGCUUUACUUAGAAAACGUAAACAGGAAUUGCUAGAAAAAUAUGUCGGUAGCUCGUGAAAGUAAUUAAAAGAAAAUAAAUGAUUUCCUUAAAUUUUUAAAGUAAAUUUUGCUACAUAUAACUAAAA